GGGACUGAUGCGGUUGCUAUGACUCCGCGGUCAACAGGCCGAGGCCCGGGACUGGAGCGGAGAGGGCAGGAGGCCGUAGCCGGAGAAUCACAACCCCGACACGGCGCAACGACUGAUUCAGAAAAAUGGCAGAAAAUGAAGACCAUAACCAGGAAGCUGAAGAACAAAACGUUACAUUUGAGCAAGAUGAGCACACUUACGAACAUGCCAUAGAAAUACAUGAAGUGUUAGAUGAAGGCCGCUCUGAAGAGCCUGCAGAUGGAUUAGAUGAUACAAAAUCCAGAGAAUAUGUUGUUGAGUUACCGUCAGACAAUGAUAUGGGAGCAACUUCAGUAUCCUCAGCUUCUUUGAUUGAUGAAGAAACAGUAAAUAAAACAUCAGAAGAAAUUAUGUCAAUGGAGAAUCCUGAAGUUAUCAAUCCAACAGAAGAUCUUGAAUCCCCAGAACAAAAUGUUGGGGAAAAUCCUGUAGAUGAAGUCACAGCUGUUGAAACGAUGGUAGAAAACGAUGUUACAACAGAAGACAUGGAGUCAGCAGGUGGUGCUGACAUGAGCAAACCAGAGAUGGCAAGAGAAGGGCUUAUAAUUAUUGACUGUACCAAAAUUGGAACAGAAAACUGUUUAGAAGCUGAGUCUGAUCAAUCAAAUAUGAAGCCAGAAGAUGUGACAGCGAAAUCAGACACGCUAGUUUUGGACUGUUCUAAAUGUGCUACAACAGAAAGCCCUACACCAAUUGUCUCAAAUGAGUACCCAGAAGCAGAAGAACCAGAAACUGAGCCUGCAAUAUCUUGUGAUGAAUUAAGGGAGAAACUAGAAGCACAGAUAGCUGCCAUUGCGGCAGUGCAUGGUAAAAUUGAACCUGAAAAGACUAAUGAAAAACUAGUUUCCAAAGGAACAGAUGCUACUGAGUGCUUGGUUUAUCGAACUCCAUCAACUGCUGCUGACAGAGACUUAAAAAAGAGAUCAGUUCUACAGGCAUAUCCUCCGCUACCAAAGACCCCACCACCAGACAUUGCAAGUAGUACAGCCACAGUCAAAGUUGCCCUACUUCCUACCGGUGAUGUUAUGACCGUGGCACUUCCCAUCUGCCUUACAACAGGGAAGCUAAAAGCACGAUUUGGAAAAGAAUUGAAAGUACCAGCAAAUAAACUGGAAAUAACAUGUGACAGCAAAAUAGCUAAGGAUUCUGAAACACUGGUUGAUUUAGGAGUUAGACCCCAUGGCUCUAUCCAGCUGGAACUGAGAUCUGUUGACCCUGAAAACCACCCAAUCAAACUAAUUAGGCCACAGCAGGAAUCAACCACAUCUGAUGUGAUAACUGUCAACAUUCAGAAAGAUGAUGAUACAUGUUUCUCUGUGGUGGUGGAAAUCGAAAGACGACCUUAUCACAAGCCUUUUUUAGGUGGCUUCAAGCACAAACUUACAGGAAAAGAAUUUCAUCAUGCAGGAACACAGACUCCAAUCAAAAAAGCAAACUGUUAUUGUGUGGAGAGAUUCUGCAGGGAAACACAGACAGUUUCUGACAAGAAUCAGUAUCAGCAAACAGCAAAUGACACAUCCACACAGAUGACCAAAAUCGGCUGUUAUGUGUCCAAUAUCACAGACAAAUUGGUUACUCCAGGAAAAUACUUCACUGCUGCACAAUACCAUGCUCAGAGGUUGAAAGCGGUAAUUGUGCUGCAGACCUACUUUAGACGCUGGGCUGCUAAGAAUUAUGUUCAACAACUGAGGAUGCAAAGGAAUCGGAGGAUACAAUGGGAACAGGAGCAAGAACUGAAAAUUGAAAUGGGAAAGCAAGAAUACUUGAAGAAACAGUAUGAAAGGAGAAUGAACCCUAAGACAAAAGAAGAUUUUGAUCUACUCUUUCAUGCCUUGGAAGUGUGGAAGCAGGAGGAGCUGAGUAACAUAAACCGUACCCUUACUGGACCUGAGAGAAAAGCAGCUCUUUACACACUCCUUGAACAAGAAGCACAGCUCAUUGCAUCAAUUUCUCGACACAAAAUUGAUGCUGCUAAGGAAACUGGACCAAAACUAAUUCAGAAUCUUUUGAAUAAGUGUGCAGAUCCCAUAAGGUGGAAAGCAUAUGAUGGGAGAGUUACUGAAAUGGACACACCGUUCACCAUCCGGGCCAGAGAGUUACGAGAUAUUUACAACAGUAUUAACAUGAAAUACUUGACCCAAGAUGAGAGGCUGGAUGCUCUUUUGACCCUAAAGCAUACGGUCAAGGAACAUGACUGUAAGUUAACACAAGAAAUUGUGGAAUUGAUUGACAGAGAGGCAGAUCUUCUCAUGAGACAAGUAAAGGAGUCUUACUUGGAAGGACUCAGACAGAGAAUAUCAACACUCUUUCUUCAGUAUAUAAAAACACCAACAUUUAACCCAGAAAUCGCUAGAUUUCUUAAGGUGCCACAGGAUCCAAUGCAAUUGCGCAAAAAUAUUUACUUCUGUUCAAGCUGUGGAAGCUAUUUACCAUCCACAGAGUUCCCCUUGUCACUAACUUCACAAACUCUUAAAAUAUGUCGACAAUGCUAUAAGCUGAAUAAUGAAGCUCGACGUCGUGAAGAAUCAAGCUUGUACAAAACAAUGCUUAAACGGCUGAGAAAAUCUGAGGCAAACUUUGAAGAUGGAUCCCAGCUGGCAUUCUUAUUACAGGAACAAGAUAUGAAGCAUCUGGUUGACAGUAUUUGGGGAACACAAUCUGCACUGAGUGCUUCAAAGAAUCUGAAAGAUUUAACAAUGAUAAGGUGGGACAAAAGGUUUGAGUGGUCACCAUGGAACUGUAUCCUGCUGACAGAAGAGGAAGCUGUGGCCCAUCUUAAACUUAACAAUAUUGAAAAGGAUUAUGAGGCCACAUUCGUUCGCAAGAUCAAGCACCGGCACACUUUGGGAAAGACUUAUUUUUCUCGGAUUCCUGAAAUAGUCAAUUAUGCACACACUUGCUUGAUGCAAGACUUGACUUCCGCAAAUAACCUUGUCGUUACAAAUUCACUUAAUUCUAAACGGAAGUUGUAGUUGUUAGACAGCCUUGUUGCGAUGUUUAAUUUCAAUUAAAAAUGACAGACUUGUUGAAUAAAAUCUGUAAUUCAAUUCCAUUGUCAUCAGUUAUAGGUGUAUAUUCGUAACCCUAACUCUAAUUAAUAUUUUCAUAGUUUAUAGUUCAUUAUAUUACAUGAACCUCAUAGACUCAAGAAAGGCAAAUGAACUGAAAUGUAACUGAAACUAAAUUUAAAAUCCUUUUUGUAGAAAAUUUUCUUCAACAUAAUUGAGUAUAUUCAGUCCUAAUACUUUGAGACCAUAAUUAUUUCCAGAGGCACCAGAAUUACACAAAAUAUUUGGUGUGGUAUUCACACAGAAAAAACAAUAAGUCCUACAGCCAUUUGCAUAUGCACUGGAAAUAAUGUUGGCUGCAUUGCUCAUACAAUGUGGAUGUCUUCAAAUUGGUGAAAAACACAACAUAUCAGCUCAGGGUAUUUAAAAAAAAGUGCUAGAUACUUUUAUGGAGAAGUAAUUCUAUAUAGGUGCAGAAUAUUGGUAAUGCAACCCUCAGUUUAUUUCUGGAUAAUAAGUUUGUCAAUUAAAUUUUGGCUCAAAGAUCCAUGACAUAUCAUGUUGUUAAGGAGUGACAUUCAGUUCGGUGAUGACCUGAAUAGCAUCUGAGCUGUUGGCCUCGGAAAAUCAGAGUUCUCAUUUUAACACUCAAUACUUCUUAAAAAACAUUUAUCUAAUACUCAUUAAAAUCCCAUUAUUGAACAGUUCCAACUGGGAGCACAUCUCAAGAAAUUGAGAGUGUGUAACUUGUAAUUUUCCAUCCAUUAUCUUCACUGAAUAGAAAAUCACCAGUUGCGUACAUAAUUUUUUUUAACAUGCAGGCCUUGUAAUUGCAGCUGCCUGCUGGAUAUGUGAGAUUGGUGAAUCAGCUCAAAUGUUUAAUAAAAGACAAAGAGAUAUAUGUAGGCACAAUAUGAUGGUUUGACAAGGGUGAAAUUUCAUCAGGUAAAGUAUAUCAGUUUGAGAAAUUGAAGUCGCAAUUCAUCAAAGUGCUAAAUUACUCCUCUCAGCGCCAUUUUGGAAAGUUAUGAGGAGAUACAGAUUUCAUUUAAACACUUAUUGAGCAGAACGAUAUGAUUGCCCUUCUCCUCUCUCUGUCAGACACAACUAUGUCUGAAAAGAAUCAUUUGGGAUCUUAUGAAAAAUCCUGUUUAAUCUAUAAAUCACAUUUCACAACCUUUGUCAUUAAACGUGGAUAUUAACUUAAAGCCCAGUUGUGUUUAGACUUUUUGCUUACAAUAUUGUUUAAUGCACUGCAUGUAAUCUUUAAGGCAUCAGUCCAUCAGUUUUCAGCUGAUAUGCAAUUCUGACAGUGUUGGAGCUCUGAACAAAAAUACUACCACUUGUGUUCUAAAUUUUACUACAUAAUUCUUAAAGAUUCCAACCAGUGCCAUGAAACAUCAGUCAAAGCAAAGGCAGUGUAAGGUGUCACUGUAUUGAUUCAACAUAAAAUGGAAAAAACAUUUUGGACAUUUUGCCUUUAGUCAAAGUGCAUCAUUGGUUAUCUUUAAUUUGUCUACUUAUUAAAAAAUCUCACAGUCA